CAAAUCGUUGUGUUGACUUCGGCUGAUGCAAAUACAUUUCUCACCACAAUGUUUCUGCGUCAUAUUUCCAAUCGUGCAUGCAAAACAGUGAUCUAUUCAUGCCUUAUUGGCCAGUACAAUUUUCCCCAUGUAACUCAAGUGCCUCACAUUGGCAAGCUUCCAACAGCUAAUGUUCAGCUUGUGAUAGCUCUGGGUGGCGAAAAUGCAAGCAGUAUCAAGGAUUACAUCAAAAAAUUACCACCUACAGUGCAUUUGAUAUGUAUUGAACAGCCGAUGAAGCUCGUUAAAAAUGAGCAUAUUUUAAUGCUUGCUGUUGGAACCGAUCCUGAUGAUGAUGGUUAG